AUGCGGCGGCAGGGUCGGCAGUCAGCCGGCGGCGCGCUUAUAGUGCGUUCCGCCUCUGCUUUACAAGUUUGGCUGUGGCUGCUACUGUUCGUAUUUCAAAAUGAAUUCCGGAUAUCGAGGUCCAUACAACCUGGGUACUUGGACUUCGAUAACCUUCCCGAGACCAAUUUUACGUGCACUGGCAAAGUAAUUGGUGGCUACUAUGCGGAUUUGGAAACGUCUUGCCAAAUGUUCCAUGUCUGCACUGUGGGACAACAGGACGAGCCCAUGGAUAUCAAGUUCCUCUGUCUGAAUGGUACCGUUUUUGAUCAGGAAACGCGAGUAUGCGAAAGAGUUGAUGAAGUUGACUGCACGAAGUCUGAAAAAUUUUACAGUUUAAAUUUAGAAUUAUAUGGAAGCACAGCGCCACCGAUUAUACCACCAGAACCGAAACCUAUCGUAACAGAAUCGAAUCCCCACUCAAAAACGACCGACGGGUCGUCCGACCCUUAUUCUAACGAUUCGUCUACAAACGCGGAUAAAACUCAGAACCAAACGACCGAAAGUAUAGACACAACCGAAGACCCAAUACCGGAUAAUAGAGAUGACAUUAAAAAACAGCAAGUGGUCAGACCGCUGCAAACAACAACUGUAAAGGAAGAUGAAGAAGAAUAUGAAGACGAAGGAAUAGACGAUGAAUAUGAAGAUGAAUAUUCUCAUAUAACGACAACGACUCAACAAUCGGUUAUAAGCACGCCUACCACAAUAAAGCCUCUACCAUCGAGUACUACUUUACCUUCAACAACCCGCUCCCCUAUACCCCACGAAUUUACUUCUUCAUCCAGACCGUCAUCAAUUUCUCCCUCACCAUACUCAACUAUUUCACCCACAUUCAAUCCUUCAUCCACGUUAGACCCUUCAUUACUUUCUCCACAAGAAUUUAUCUACAGACAUCGCGGUCCCGGAUCGGAAGCUAUCUCCUUCCAAAGGCAAAGUUUUCGUCCAGCAGACGGCGUUUACAUAACGCAUGCUCCUUCGCAGCAAUUCGAUCACUUUCAAUAUGAAUCGUCGCGGACUGUGCCUCGACCGACUGCAGCACGACCAGUGCCUUUUGUGCAAAGGCCACAACCAGCCCCAUUCCGUACGACGACAAUAGAUCCGCGUAAUCAAUUGUUGCGACCUGGGCCUUCACCUCAAGUCCCUGAUCAUCACAAUACACCUGUAAAACAACCAGCAAAGCCAUACCCAUCACCGUUACCAGCGCAGCACCUUCCGUUUAAUCCAUUUUACUACGACAGAAAGCGAAGCGAAGAUUCUAGUCCAGAGGAGCAAUCAUCCCUAUCUGCCCGAUCUGUACCACCACUCACUGAAACGGAACGACCACCGUUGAAGCUAAAAAGUCCGCCAAGAGUAAUAGUAACCGCUAGUGCCUCUGUCAGUGACAGCAAUGGUAAACGUCUAAAUUACACAGUAGGCAACGUCGUUAGUGCUGUAAAACCAAUUGUGGCCAUUAAUUAUGACGAUUAUAAAGAAUCGGACCUUAUAUUUGAUCCGUUCUUCCUGGAUGUACCUAAACUACAAGCACGCCGCAAAAUUAGAUCGAAUAAAAAUAGACAGGUUUUUACUAUACCUGCAACUGCUACUAUACCAUCAAUUGAAAGUAAUAAGAAACUGAAAGCUACUUUAUCUCCUGUGACACAUCGAGCGACUACCCUCAAAGCGCAUGUGACAUCCACACCAAAAUCUACAACGACAAUGGCAUGGAACCCCGAAGACUACGUAGAUGAUAAUUAUGAACCUCAUGCGUACAUACCGCCACUAGCUGUUCUUUUAAGUCGUGAUAAUAUAAUAAGAAAGGAUGAUAAACAUUCAGUAAGUAAAGUGAAUAGGGAACGGACUUCGGAGAACUUGAAAGUUAUACGCGUUGAACUAUCUAAGCCAACUCAAUCUGCUGAGCAGACAAUCUCUAGUCAAAGUGCGGGUUCUGAGGCUUCAUCUAUCAUCACCUCGCCAUCACCUCUUGAAGCGCCCGCUUGUGCAAAGUCGCGCUCAAACGACUGUCGGAAUCGUGCCUAA